GGGGACGGGCGGGCAAAAAUGGCGCAGGGAGCGAGCCCCCGCGCGGGGCGGGGAGGGAAAGGUGGCGGGAGGAGGCACGGACCCGCAUCGAUCCUCUUACCAUGUUUUCUGAGACUUUUUCCAUGAGCUUACAUAAUAUCUACCUUCAUUCAAUACUUAGCGGUCUUUCGUGUUGUUUUAUGCUGUAUAGCUUUCAGAUGAGCAAUGAUACAUCUCAUGUUGAGGAAACCUGAACUACUUUAAGACAACCUUGGAUGCGUAUUUCUGGCUACCUGAGUUAGCUCAGCAAGGAAUUUUCCUUAGCAGUCAUCUUAAUGAUUUGGAAGUUUAAACCCAAUUACUGACUAUGGCUCACCGGUUUUCAAAAGACGACCUAGAUGAACAGUUUGAACAGUUUUUAAAAGAGUCUCUUUCAGAUGAUUCAUUUGGAAAUGAACCAAAGAAAAAAUCCAGUAUUCUUGAGACCACUGGGCAGACCAAGAAAAAAGAACUGAAGAAGCAGUCUGUGCCAUGGUGGAUAUCUGAGGAUGAUUCAGAUGAUGAUCCUAAGACAAAGUUUAUCAAACAAGGGGAUGAGAAGAGAAUAAUUGGGGGAAAAGAUGAAAUGGUUGAAGAUGGUGAAAAGAAGAUACCACUUUCAAAUAACCAGUCUGUCAAAGUAGUUAGUCCUAAAUCUUUUUCAAGCGCAUCUCGCAGCAAGGCACUGGCUAAAUACAAAGCCCUGGAGAAAUCCCUUGAGGCAAAGAAAAGUAUGCAUUUAAACAAAGAAGAAAUCUCUGCUAGUGACAACCAUACUGAGGGGGUGCAUGGAUCAGGCGGUAGCUUUCUGAAGUCACAGAGGCUUUCCCAUUCUAUUCAAGAAGUGGAUGAAGAUCAUGUCGAAGUUGCUCAGCUCCAACAAACUGGUGGUGUUUCUGUCUCCUUAAGCAGAGAUAGUCUGGAAACUAAUGAUUCAGUUGUGGCUUCAGGGCCUCUUGAGAAUUUGGAGGGAGUUGGACUGGAUACUUUGGAAGAACAAGAGGAAAAGGAGAGGUUCUUUGCUAACCUUGAGAAAGGGGCAUCAUCUACCAUUGACUAUUCGAGAUUAAAUAAGGAGCUGGACUCUAACAAUUCUGAAGUGUUACAAGCAUUUCUACGAAAUCACCCAGAUGUGAAACAGGUAGAGGAGGCAAAUGAAGAAGAACCCAAGAAUUGUGAAAAAUCUGCUGAUUAUAGUGAAGAUUUUGAAGAAGAAUCGGAAUUGAAUGAAGAUUUUAAAGCUGAGCAAGCUUUUGUGUCAGAAGCUAAUGAGGAAAAGACUGGCAUGCUGGCUAAAGUUGUCCUUAUUGAUUCCCAAGACUCAACUAUGGAGACUCAAAAUGUCAUUGAACAAAAGGAUUCAGCUGUUAUAGAACAUCACCCACCUCAAGAAGUCAUUGCAGAUAAAAUGAAUGAGACAGGUAUUUCUUGUGGACAAACUAACAGUGAUAUUGAAGCCUUGCAUCAGGCCUACUGCCAUAUUGAGCAGUCUUUAGGAGAUACAAAUGAGACAAGGAUUAAUGCUGAUAAAAUAGAAACUGCAGAAAACUCUGUCAAAGAUGCUUCACAGAAUAAAGAAGAUUUUCCCCAAAACACCUCCGCUACUGAUUCUGAUUUGCCCACCAUAGAAGAACUGAUGAAACCUCUCAGGGCAGAGUCAUCUUUUGCCAGGGGUCAUUACCUGGAACCUGCAAGUUCUGUGGAAGUGGCACACAACUGCAUGGAUGACUUAGCAAGCCAUUUCCCACUUAGAGAGCCCCAGAAUGAUAUUGCACUGGAAAAGCAAAACGUUGGCUAUCUGUUGAGCCAGCAGAGCGAACAAGAGAGUAUUUCUGUUCAGACAGCUGUGAAGGGAGAUGGUGACGAUAGUUGUCUUCAUCGGACUGGCAAAGACAAUCAGGUGGAUAAAAUUAAACGUGACCCUUUGAAACAAAAUGUUCUCCAAAAUUCUUCCAUAUUUCGUCAAGACAACAAAACCAAUCAGGUAUAUCAGCCCAGCACUUGGAAUAAAGAGGGUUUAAAUUCACUGAUGAAUAAACAAGUAACUUACAAGAAUGCCAAAAGCACAGUUGCUCUGCAUACUAGGAAGAAAUCUCUAAGUGGACCUCAUAGCUCUGUUAGGAGUUCUGGAUAUGGCAAAUCCAGUUCGCCACUAAAGCACUUCUCCACAGUUUCUGAGAAGAAGGCACCAAAGGAAGGCAUCAAAAAGCCAGCUUUAAAAGUCAAAUCUCCUCCAAGACAAAGAGAAAUAUUUUCUGGAACCAAGAUAAUACAGACAGCAGCUGAUCCAGUGUCAACAAAGAGAAAUUGCCUUGCUACCUCUGGGCACUUACCUGGAAGUAAUCUUCAACAGCAAGCUAAAGAGAAGGACUCUUGCCUACAGGUGCACAAUAGCAGCGGGAGGGAGCUUUAUUUACUAAGAAGGGUUCAGGAAGCAGAGGAAAAAUUGGCUGCAGCCAAUGAUUUGAUUCAGCGUCUAGAAGCCACACGUUUGCAAAAGGAGAAAGAAAUGGAGACACAUUUUUUGGAAAUGAAAAUGCAACAAGAUAAAAACCUGUUUCAGCUGAACCAAGAAAAUUAUGUUCUUCAAACACAGCUAAAUAACAGAGAGGAACUGAACAAAGGGACAAAGUGGACAAACAUUUGGGAGAGAAUUCCUGAUGAUGGAGAAAUGUUGAAAGAAAUCCAAAAAGAAGUGCAAAAUCAGGAGACUCUUCUUCAAGGAUAUCAGCAGGAAAAUGAAAGAUUGUAUAAGCAAGUGAAAGAACUACAGAUGAAUAACAAGAAAAAUGAGGAAAAUAUGUUUAAAGAAAAUCAGCGUUUGAUGACUGAAUUAGCAUCCUUAAAAGAACAAAUGGAUAAAAAUAACCUUUUAUCAUGUGGAGUGCAGAAUACUGAACCAGCUGGGAAUCAGAGUUUCACAGACUUGAUUUCUGAACUUCGAGCAGCCAAGACUGUAGAAUUCAAUUUGCUUGAAGAGCGAAAGCGACUGAAGCAAGAUAAACAAGCCCUUGAAGUUGAUUUGGGGCAAGUAAAGAAGGAGCGAGAUUUGGCAAGAGCCCAGAUUGCUGCCACUUCAGAUGAAAAAUUAUAUGAGAUGAAGAUUAUGGAAGAAUCCUACAAAGAAGAAAUUGGUCGUUUACAGAAAAGACUCCAAUGGUAUGCAGAAAAUCAGGAGCUCUUGGAUAAAGAUGCAGCUCGUCUUAGAGGAGCAAAGGAAGAAAUUGAUAAACUGAAGCUAGAGGUUGACAAGCUUAGAAGUGAAGCUGGGAAUCAAUCUGUGCAGCAGAAGAAACGGCUAAAGGACAGGGCAGCAGAUGCUAAACGCAUUCAGGACCUUGAGCGACAGGUUAAGGAAAUGGAAGGGAUUCUGAAAAGAAGAUAUCCAAAUUCUUUGCCAGCUUUGAUAUAUGCUGCUGCUACAGCAGCUUCCCAAGGAGAUGGUGAUGCUUCCACAAAAAGUAACACACUUGAUUUUCUUGAAAAAAGAGUUAAGAAGCUGGAAGCAGAACUUGAGGGUAAAGAUGAUGAAGCUAAAAAAAGUCUCCGUGCUAUGGAACAGCAAUUUCAAAAAAUAAAGCUCCAGUAUGAGAAAAGGGUUGGCGAGCUUGAACAGCUCCUGGCAUAUAAGUUGCUGAAUGAGCCGCAGAAGCUUCAAGACAAGGCAGCCAACCUUGUGGCGCUUGAGCAAGAACUUAGUAGUGCAAAUGAAGCCCACCAGGUCACAGUCAAGAAUCUUCAAACUGAAAUUGAUUCCCUUAGAAACCAGGUAGCACAGCUGGAGCACCAGAAAACUGCUGCAGAUGAUGCAGACUUCCAGUCACUGGAAUACCAGGUGGAGCAGGCGCAUACCAAAGCCAAGCUGGUGAGACUGAAUCAGGAAAUGGUUGCCAAAAACAGAGAGAUACAAGACCUCACCAGAACUGUAGAGAGACUUCAGAAAGAGAGAAGGGUUAUGCUCUCUGAUAAGGAUUCAGCUGGCAAAAUGGAAAGCAAAACAAAGCCUUCAAAAACCUCAGAAAAGAACAUUUUCCGCUCUAGUCAAAGAAACACUGGAAAUGAAGAGUUCUUCCCUGGCACACUUGACAAUAAAAUAUACCAGCCCAACGCCUUUGCGGAUUCUCAUAGUUCAGAAAUCCUGCAGGAAAAUGCCCGGCUGAAAGAUGAGUUAGAAAAGCUAACCCUUGGACUAAGCCAACAAAGAGUAACGUCUCAAGCAGCACUGGCAAAUUCUGAAAGUCUUAUAAGAAGGACAAAGGAAGACUCGGAGGAAUACAUUGCAGCCCUUAAAGCAUCGCAUCAGAAAGAGCUAGAGAAGAUUCUUUGUCAGCAUGCAAUGGAGCAUUCUUCUUCCAAAGUAGCUGAGUUAAAUAGCAAGAUUUCAACACAGGAGAUCCUUAUAAAACAUCUCCAGCAGCAAGUUCAUGAGUUUCAGAGAGAUCAAGAAGCCCUUGCAUUUUCACAGAUAAGAGAAGAAAUUCUUCAAAAAGAGAUGGCAAAGCUGCUAGAAGAACUUGGAGAGGCUAAAAAGAGCCAGAACCCUGAGAUGAAGCACUUUGUGUGCCUAGAAAGAAAGAUCAAGCAGUUGGAAGCCAGAUAUGAGCAAAGAGAACAAGAGCUUCAGCAGGUAAUACAGCAAACACAGCAUCUUUCAGAGGUGGAACAAUUCCAGGAAACUGAAAAAUGGAGGAAGCUUGCACUGCUGAAGAAUCAGGAGAUGGAGAAAUUUCGCAUAGAACUGGAUUCAAUGUUGGAUGUUUUACGGCAGCUGCAAAAACAGGGUGUUGUUAUUCCAGCCAGUGGUUCAAGCAUGCCAGAAAGUUAUUGGAAGAUUUGAGGCAUACCAGUUAACAAGAGAAACCAUGUUGUAAUAAAGGUGGACAUAAGCAGAAAGUAUUUAGCAAAAGUUAUCAGUUAUUUCAUAGUAUUGUGUCCAGAUUUCUCCUGUGUAAAUUUAUCCAAACUUUUGCAAAUAACUUUUAUUGUUUAUGCUAGUUGUUUUAUUGAUGGGUCUUUCUAUAUUAAAUACUGAACCCAAAUUAAGAGUGUCAGGUUUUUCCCCAAAUUAAGAACAUGCCUUGCUCUUUAGUUUGUCAUAGUGAAUUCAUUGCUGGAUUUCUCUCCUAAGCUGCUGAGAGAAGCUUUGUUGAUGUGACCUACUCUACUCAGGAAUUGAUGAUCAGGCAGCUGUAAUCCAUAGGAACAGAGCACUGUAAUCACUUCUGUUUUCUUUGUUCUUUAGGUUGCUAAAACUCUCAUUAUUCCUUUCCUGAAUCCUCACAAAUAAAGCAGCAAGCCAUA